UUCACUUCCGGCAGCAGGCAUUGAAGUCAUGGCUGCCUUCCUCCGAGCUGUGCCGCGGUCGCCAGGGCCAGCUGCAUGGGGAAGGCCUCUCCACGGGCUGUGGUGCUGCAUUGGGCGGGAUCCUAGGAGGUGGGUGGGAAGCAGGCCACCAGCCUCCAAGGAGAAACCACCCGGCACAGAGACAGAGACAUUUCAGAUGGUGUACCGGUUUGAUGCCAUCAGGGCUUUCGGGUACUUGUCUCGGCUGAAGGUGGCACAGACAGCCCUGACGGUGGUGGCCUUGCCGCCUGGCCUCUACUGGUACUCCCAGGGCCUCAUGACCUUCAACUCCCUGUGCCUGGCGGGCGGGAUCGCUGGCUUUGCCCUGGCCAUGUUGUGCUGGAUGAGCCAUUUCUUCCGGAGGCUGGUGGGCAUCCUGUACGUGAAUGAGUCGGGCACCAUGCUGCGGGUGGCCCACCUGACCUUCUGGGGCCGGCGACAGGAGACAUACUGCCCUGUGACCGACGUGAUCCCCAUGACGGAAAGCCAGGAUCGGCCUCAGGAGCUGUUCGUGCGGAUCCAGCAGUACAGUGGGAAACAGACCUUCUACCUCACCCUGCGCUAUGGACGCAUCCUGGACCGAGAGCGUUUCACACAGGUGUUUGGGAUGCUGGACAAGUUCAAGUGAACGGGCAGGAGCCGGGCCUCCUGCAGGAAGCCUGAGGGUGUGGGCGGGGCUGAAGGAGGGGGUCGGGCAGCUGGAGACUUUGCCAGGGCCCCUGGGAACUUGUCUUUUGGGAUGAGGAAAUUCAUGAGAUGGAAGUGAGUAACUGGAUUUAGAAAGAGGCCCUGAGUGCAGAUUCUUAACUGCACUUGUGUGUGACAUUCAGAUAAUGGCCAGAAGUUUCUGUUAAGAGCCAGUUCUUGGAGGAAGCGAUGCCAAGCUCUCUAGAACAGUUACACUGCUGUGAAAUCAAAGACAGAGAGGUGGGGGGCGGGAGCCAGAAGACUUGGGUCUGUCCGUUUCCAAAUCCCUGUCCUGGGGCAGGUUGUCAAGUCUCUCAGAACCUUGGUUUUCACAUCUUAAAGUGGAAAAAUCCUCUCUGUCUCCUGGGAUGGGUGUGAGAAUAAACAAUAAACGUCAUUGUUAGUUCAGAGGGGAUGGCGCCGCAAAAGGCUUCCAGGCAAUGGGUAGGGAUUUCACCAGCCCUAUGCUGCGCCCCCUUGUGGACCCAGCGGCGAGGGGACCAGGAUGAAGCCUAGAGGUGGGUCGUUCAUCCUCCCCGCACGGUAGCUGCACAGCCACUGGGGCAAGGUUGUAAUCUGAGCAAGUUCACGGCCCAGAGGUCUAGGGGCUCUCACAUCAGAAGGCUUUGCAGUGUGAUAAAGUCAGAUGAACUAUAUGCUGGUGUGAUACUUUAUAAAAUAAAGCCAGUUAUAUGUAAUGUCCCCCGUAAUUAGCAAUAUGCUUAUUAUAUAAUUUGUAACAAAGAGGAAAGAAGUCAUGAUCUUUAAUUCUACCACUCAGAAGUCAAUAACUAAAUUUUGUUUUGUGACCUUCCAGUCUUUUUUUUCAAAUCGUAGUAAAAUAUAAACAUAAAUUUAUCCUUUUAACCAUUUUAAGUGUACACUAAGUGGUAUUAAGUAUAUUUAGUGUUUUGCAACCGUCACUUCUCUCCAUUUUCAGAACUUUUUCAUUAUUCCAACCAGAAGCUCUGCACCCAUUAAAUAGUAACUCCCCAAUGCCCCCUUUCUCCAGCCCUUGGCAACCACUAAUCUGCUUUCUGUGUCUAUGGAUUUGCCUAUUCUGGAUAUUUCAUGUAAAUGGAAUCAUCCACUGUGUGGCCUUUUAUGUCUGGCUUCUUUCACUUGGCAUAGUUUUGCAAGGUUUACCCAUGUUGUAGCAGGUAUCAGAACUUCAUUCCUUUUUUAUGGCGGAAUAAUAUGUAUAUAUCACAUUUUGUUUAUCCAUUCAUCUUUCGAUGGACAUUUUGAUUGUUUCCACCUUUUGGCUGUUGUGAGUAAUGCUGCUGUGAACGUUGGUGUACAAACAUCUGAGUUUCUGCUUUCAAUUCUUUUGGGUAUUUUCUGAGAAGUGGAAUUACUGGGUCAUACGGUAAUUCUAAGUUUAACUUUUUGAGGACCUGCCAAACUUUUCCAUAGUGGCUACACCAUUUUAUAUUCCCACCAGCAAUGCAUCAGAGUUCCAAUUUAUCCACAUCUUUUUUUUUUUAUAAUAGCCAUCCUAAUGGGUGUGAAGUGGUAUCUCACUGUGCUUUCAGUAUUUACUUAAAACAUAGAUGUUAUCCUGUAUCUGAAAUUGGCUUUUUUUUGCUUCAUGUUAUAACAUAGGACUACGUCCGUUAUAAACAUUCAUUUAAAGUAUUCAAUCACAAGGAAGAAACCUUGUGACUAUGUGAGAUGCUGGAUGUUAACUUACUGUGGUAAUCAUUUUGCAGUAUAUACAUAUAUAAAUCAUGUUGUAUACCUUAAACUAAUACCAUAUUGUAUGUCAGUUAUAUCUCAAUAAAGUUGAA